GUGACGGUGCUUCGGCUCGAGGUGGGCGACGGCAUCACCUUCCCGCAGACGGGAGAUCGUGUGUCGAUACACUACAAAGGAAUUCUGGUGGACAACGGCCUUGAAUUCGAUUCCUCGUACGGCCGCGGCGCUGAGUUCAGCUUCACGCUCGGCAAGGGCGACGUCAUCGCCGGUUGGGAGCAGGGCCUGCCGAUGCUCUCCCUCGGAGAGAAAGCGGUGCUCACCAUCUCGCCCGACCUCGCCUAUGGUGCCGCCGGCGCCGGAGAUCGGGUUCCACCGCACGCGGCCCUCCGCUUUGAGGUUUGGCUG